AUGGUUGAGAAGUUGAAAAUUCUCAAAAACCGGAUCUCUUGGUGGAACAAAACGGUCUAUGGGUGGAUAGACCUAAAAAUUGACAAAGAUGGAAAAGAGAUGCACUCUUUAGAUAACGUGUUUGUUCAUUUUGCAGGUAACGUUCCGGAAGAAGUGGUCUUGGAAAGAAUAAAAGUGGUGGAGGAUUUUUGGGAUAACAUUAACAAAAGAGAAGGUCUUUUGAAAUUAAAGUCGAGGCAACUUUGGCUUUCUGAAGGUGAUGACAACACCAGCUACUUUCAUAACUCUCUAAAAGAAAGAAGAAGAAGGAAUUCUAUUUGCUCCAUUGAGACAUCGGCGGGAAGAAUGGAAGGGGUCGAUGAAAUCAAAGAGUUCACUUUCAAGCAUUUUGAAAACUUCUUUAAAGAAGAAGUCCACUUUAGGCCGGAGCCUACCGGGAUAAAAAUGAACUCUCUAUCAUUUGAAGAAUCAUUGGAUCUUGAGAAACCUUUCUUCGAAGGUGAAGUGAAGGAAGCCAUUUGGUCGUGUGAUGGUAACAAAAGCCCGGGGCCGGCCGGAUUCUCAUUGGAGUUUUACAAAAGUGGAGAGUAUUUACAAGAUUAUUGCUAA